AUACGGCAGGCAGAAAAGUGAACCAUCUGGAAGAAGAAAUGCUUGCUGCUCAAAGCCUUGAUGGAACCAAAGAUUUGCCAAAAGACCCCAAUUUCCCAUUACACAGCUCUAUUGAGAUGAGUGGUGAUGAAGUCAAUGAUACAAGAAUUCUAUCUGGUCGGCAUUCUUCUGGUAAAGAGACUUCAGAGCUGAAUGAGAUGUUGACCUCGAGCUUGUUGGAAGAUGACAUGCCUGAGGGAAUGUUUGAUUUGCCUGAGGGAAUGUUUGAUAUGUUUGAGGAAACUGAGGAAAAGUAUGAAACAGUAACGGAAGAUUCCCCUACACCAGACCCAGCAUCCGUGUUGGGCGCAGAUCUGUUGUCUCUGUACAAGGAAGGAUGUUGCUCUGACAUAACUCUUUAUGCUGAGAACAAAGGUUUUCAAGCACACAGGGCCAUCCUGUGUGCUCGCUCCAGUUAUUUUGCUGCAAUGCUGAGCGGCAAUUGGGCAGAAAGCUUUCAGGAGGACAUCACGCUGACUGGUGUAAGCCAUUUGGAGAUGGACAUUAUGAUGAACUAUUUAUACGGGGCCCUUUUAGACUUACCGAAAAAAGCUGUUCCUUGUUCUAUCCUGCUGUUAGCAGAUAUGUACAAUUUAGAUGGACUAAAAGAAGUGGUUUUACAUGUUCUGAAGAGGGAUUACUGCAAGUUUUUCCACAAGCCUGUUGCAGGAUUGCGGCAGUCUGUUCCUGAGUGCCUGCAAAUAGCUCAUUCAGCUGGAAUAGAUGGUCUUCGUGCUUCCUGUAUGAGAUGGAUUACCAAAUAUUUUGUGAAGUGUUGGUCUGGAAAAAGCUUUGUUGGUCUUCCAGCAGAACUGCAGAGAGCCUGUUUGACAUCUUUAGUCCAAACUAUAAGUGUAGAGAAUGUGGUUCUACUGUUAAUGGAAAGCCAACGCCUAUUAUGGAACCUUCCUGAGGUGAAAUGGACAGAGCAAACCAUUGCUUUGACAAAGGAACUGCAAGAUGAAUGCGUUAAAUUUAUUGUGCUGCACUUCCUCAAGACAGUAAGAAGCGAGAGCCUUCUUCCUUUAUUGAAGGAGCAGAGGAUGAGCAGGAGACCAUAUCUGGUGGAAAGGAUUUUUGCAGCUAUUGAACAAAACAUCUCGGUAACAGAUGGCUGCUUGCAAUUUAUAGCUGCAGACCUACUGAAUAGCCAGGUGGCUUAUAAAGAGGUGGGUUUUGCUUGUGAGACCCAGGCCCUCUAUGAUAAGCUUUGGACAUUUCUGGUUCAGUCUUUCUACGCCGUCCGUCACACACAAGGCUGGAAACUGAUGAAGCUGAAAGAUCAGGAGCAAAUCCAAGCAGCUGCUCUUGACAAGGGAGAUGAUAGAAAACUUGGCAGAAAACCAACCUUGACUAGUUCGCAGCAAAAAAAAGGUUCUUUGAGUAAUUCUACAUUAGAAGUGACAGAAAAAGUGUGUAGAGAGGGGAAGCCUGCACGAUUGCCAAAUACAUCCGUGUUCAGAAGUCAACUAUCUGGUAUUUCCAAAAUGAAGUCCGAAAGUUUGGGAGCAUCGGUCCAUUCACCUAUUGGUGCUCGCAGUACAACAAGCUCUGCAAAGAAAGUCGAAGCAAAAGGAAAGGACAAGGAAGUUACAAAAGCAAGUGAUAAAACAUUAAAAAAUGGGAAAGCCGGUGAAAAGAGCAGCUGUGCAAAGUUAAACACUGUCACAAAAACACGAGUGGAGACUAAGACAAAAAGUGAAAGCUCCAUCAGUAAAAUAAAAGGACGCAGUGACACUCCAUCCUCAAAUUUGCGGGCCGGUUCAACACCUGUAAGUAAAGGGGUCAACGGACAGGCUGGACAUUUAAGUUUGGGUGCACGCCCCAAAGUACCUCACAAUUUGCCCAACGUACACACAAAAUCAGGAAAGCUGCUGAAAAAACCUGUUCGACCAGAAACCUCACAGACGGAUAAAAAUGAGACCAUGUCUAACUCUGACAAGUUGGAACCGGAAAGCAAGGAUGCGGGUGCCAGUACAUGUCAGAAUAGUAAUGGAUUGCAAGACAAGAAGAUAGUGGGUGAAAAGAAAAUUGCUGACAAGAAAACGUCCUCUGAUGAUAGUCCAAUUGGAAGUCCUGCCCGGAAGACUGUAAAGGCCUCAGCGAGUAGACCAGCAAGUGUUACCAAAGCAACAAAGUCAGCUUCAUUAAAGUCCAGCAAGCCUGUAACUAGCAGUGCACCAAAUAAACAGAAGAUACAGAGUCGAGAUGAAGGAAUGUCACAUGUGAAGAAAACCUGGAAUAGCAGCAACAACACCGCAACUCAACAAAGAGCAAAGAGCUCAGCAGGAACAUCAGUCAGAACCAAAGAUCCAAAGGGAGUUGCAGUGUGUUCAGAAAAGAUGGGUCCAAAUUCAGGCCAGAACGAUGCAUUAAAGCAAACUCCAAAAGCUACGAGUUCUGAAAAAGCAGUCGUCACCGAAACACUUGUAAAAACUAACACGAAACAAGUCAAAACAACUGCUCACACUGCAACAAAACCAAUUACGAAGAGAUUGACACAAACUGGCCCUGCUAGUCCAAAGACAGCUGUGAGCUCAAGUAAGGUUGCACUGAAAGAGAAAAAUGUCUCGAUGCCCAGUGUAAGAAAACCUAAAUUGCUUACAUCUACUAAAAAAUCAUCAUCUGGUGUGAAACGUCCUACCUCCAAAUGCCCUCCUGACAAGGCAUCUCCGAAUGAUUCAAGUCAUGAUGUGAAAAGUGCAGCAGAGGCUGAUAAUGAAGCUGGUUCUGUUGAGGAAAACCAUCAAAUGAGCACAGUCUGUCAGUUGGAACAUUUACUGAAUGCAGAGGUACCGAUGAGUGCAGCGCAGAACACGAAUGUGUUCAGUGAAGGAGAGAGCAAUGUUGGGUGUCUACCUUCAUAUCAAAUAACGGACACACGUAGUCCCUCUGUGAAGGGGAAUGGUUACAUGCCCGAACCAUCCCAGACAACUCUGAUUGCUCAAGAAAUGUUAGUAACAAGUAAUACAGAAGAUGGUGAAAAGUCUGGAAUAUUGUGGGCUUCUGAAGACAUUGCAAAACCAUGUGUAAAGUCAAAUCUAUGUGCAACUCAAGACCAACCUGCAAUCACAACACAAAAAGGGUUUGCAAAUGGCAGAAUCGACUUUGCUCAUGAAAUAAAGCCGCAAGUUUUUAAUGAAUGUGACAAAACAACUGAAGGUCAGCUCGGAAAAGGAGAGGUUUGUGCUGAAGACAGUAAAACUGGACUCCUUUCAGAUGGCAUAAAUGGCUCGCAGGCUCUUGUAACAAAAGUAAAUGACAAUUUAUCUGGACUAAAAAUGACAGAUGUAAGUAUACCAUCUCAUUCGUUUGAGCUAACCAGUGGCGCUGUGGAAGUCAUUGUUGAAGUGCAGCAUGAAUCGGCCAUGAAAUCUAGUUUAAACCAAGGGGAAGAGCAGGUUGUGUCAGAUUCACCAAAAGAAAUGAACACCGAAGAGAUCCCAGAAAGAGAGGAUUCAGACAUUCCCAUAGCGGAAUCUUGGAAUUUAACUGCAGAAACCUCUCCAGCUUCAGAUAACUCUUGCCCAAAGCAAAGCCCGGAUACAGACACUGGGAGUGCAACAACUUCAUCUGAUGAUAUCAAACCUAACUCCGAGGACUAUGAUGCUGGUGGUUCACAAGAUGAUGAUGGGUCGAAUGAGCGAGGGGUUUCCAAGUGCAGCACAGUGAUAUGCCAUGAUUUUCUGGGGAGAAGCAGCAGUGACACAAGUACACCAGAGGAACUCAAGGAGUAUGACAGCGGAUUAAAAGUAGAAGUCAAAUUGAAAGAUAAGGAAGACACUCGUGGUCCGACCCGAGGUAUUCGUACGAAAGAUACUGUAACUAAUUGCCCUAUUGACGUCUCUUAUCAAGAGCAUGCAGAGACCGAGGAAGGUGAUCUGGAGGAGACUGCACCAACCAGCGUUGGGAAAGUCGAUGCUGUCUCAGACGUCUUGUCUUCUUGUGAAGUGACUGAAGAAGACAAGUCGGAAGCUGAGAAUCCAGAGGAAAUCUUUCCUCCUCCUGUUCCUCCUCCACCUCCCCCUGACCAGGGCUUUUACCACUUUCAGGGUAUUGAUAACUUGGCUUUUGAAGACAUAACGGAAAAUGAGACGGAGGUUACGAACUUUACCUCGGCUGCAAAUUUCAAGCGUUCCGUUUUACUCUCGGUGGAUGAGUGUGAGGAAUUAGGUUCUGACGAGGCAGAGGCUGAAACUCCCCCGGCAUGUUCUCUAGAUUCUCUGACUCCCUCUGAUGUAUUUGAUGGCACUGCCCAUGAUGGUAGUCACCAACUUCAUGGCAAAACAUAUUAUUCCCGGUAUUCACUAGAAAUUGAAGAUGAAUUUCUGGACUAUGAUCAGCAAGACCAGAAGAAGAAUAAAGACAAGUUGGGAAUGCCCAGUACUGAACUUGCUGCAGAUGGUACAAGUAGGGAAGGUAAAGAUGCACCACUGGUUACUCCAACAAAAUUAGAACAAGCUAAGACAGUCCAUAGCGCCCCAGCCAGUCAUGAUCUGCCUGCUCAAUCACUCUGUGCAGGUGAAAAUCAGCUUGUAGACAAAGACCAGAUGGUACCAAUCGUGCUAGAAAGCCAGUGCAAGAAUAUAAUCUACAGCCAAACACCUGGAGGUGACGGUAGACCUCAGGAAAGACCCUGCCAUUUACAGCUCAGUCAAGUAGAACAUGCUUCCAUUGGACACAGUGGCAGCAUUGCAGAAGACGACCCUGAUUCAAGUGAGCAUUUAGUUGACAUGGAAAAAGGGCAUGUGCAAGGGUACUCCCCAGCAUCAAGUGAUCAAACUAAUAAUGCUUUGCCAACAGGAGACUUAGCUGACUGUGACAGAUCACAAAGCUACGUGUAUGAUCGCCGUCCUUCAAAAACACUGUCUCCCAUAUACGAGAUGGAAAUUACAGAAGACAUGGAGCAGAAGUCUGAAGUGGAAAUGAACCAUUCGCAACAGGAAGAAAAUAAGUACUUUGCAGAAAGAGACUGGACUCUUAAACAGCUCCUCGGUGAUCAAGACCCAAAUUAUGGGGUUAUUAACUCUGUACCCGAAGACGUCAACCUAGCUCAGUACCUGAUCAACCAAACCCUUUUCCUUUCCAGAGAUGCUCCUAAAGUUCAAGGUAAAAUUGCUGUUGACAAAGAGGCACUCGGUAAAUGGACUGAGCUCCUGUCUCCUUCGGAGGACUCUACAGCUAGCAUUACAGUGACAAGUUUUUCCCCAGAAGAUUCAGUGUCUCCUCAAGGAGAAUGGACGAUUGUAGAACUGGAAACACAUCACUAGCAGAGCCUCUGAAUUGUGUACAUACGAGUGAUUUUUAAAUUGCUGAACUUUCUGUAGCUCGCCUUUAAGAUUCAAAAACAUUAGUAUAUAAUUGAAUGCAGCAGUACAUAACAGAAAUACAGAGGAAUAAAUUAACCUGUGUUAUAGAACUGUCACUAGGUUACUUUUGUAAAUUAGUCGCUUUUGUGUGUAAAAUAGGACAACCUUUACGUAUGUACACUUGUUGGAAUUCAGUUUUUGUCUUGAACGGUUUUCCAUGUAGAAAAACCUUGUAAAGUAAUGAUUUGUUCAAGUGGACAUCUUCUUUAAUGCCUGGAAUAAGAAGAAACCUUAUUUGCAUUGUCAGUGUAAAUUUGUGAUGCUUGUCAAUGCUUAAAAGUGAUGAAUAAGAAUUUCUUGGUACAAUAUGUGACCAAACUUGACUUUUUCAAAAACAUUUCUUAAUUGGGUAAUGAUGAAGGAUACAAAAAUUCUCCCCAUUUUCUUGCAGCCGUUUAUUGCACAGAGUUCAUUUUGGAACCUGGGGCACUGUAAUGAUUUGUAGGGAUCUUGAGAUUUUUAAAUCAGCAGCAUCAGUAUUUAUUUGCUUAAUUCCCUUUGACAAAAGUGGAAAGGGGGCAUUUAAUGACCUGUUGCAAUUUGUCAUUUUUUUUGUGAAAAGUGAGAACCUUUACACCAUAUUUACCACAGCCUUGCUAAUUGGACAGAAAAAUACAAUCCAAAGUUUACAAGAACUACACGUUUAAAAAAAAUCUGCACCAUAGAUUUCCUACUAACUUUAUUUGGGAACUUGCUCUAAAUACGACUGGUUAAUUUCUAUUUGAGGUAAUCUGCACGUGUACAAUUUGAUCAUAACUUUUAUGUUGCUUUAUGCUUUUUGACAAAGAAUUACAUGGCAAAAGGGAUUUAGGAUAAUGUCCUCUCACCCAGGGAUUAGACUGUAUCCAAUUUGGCAAAAUAAAUGAAAAUUGAACCUUUUGCUUUAUGGCUAUGAAGGAUUAACUGAAGUGAGAUACAAAAAUACCCACUCCACAACAUGAAAUGUCACUCAAAUGGGGUUUAUUUGGCACUAAUUCAAUACAGAAGAAGAUUGAAUUACUAGAGUAAAAUAGCUUUAUCGGAACAAUGUGUGACUAGACUGGUCCUGAAGUAUUCAUAGUUUGAAGUUAGGAAGCUUUCCCAUUACACCAUUGCCAUUACUCCUGGCUUUGAAGAGCUCACACAGAAAUACUGUAAUUUUAGAUCCAAUUUAAACCCAAAAGGCAUGUCGCUGUUUAAAAAUAAAACUUAAACUACAUGUGCGUGCUGGUAAUUGAAGGAAGACAGAGACUUGUUAAUGAGCGAAAAGGCCAUUCAGCAAAUUUGAUUUUAAAAUUGCAGCUUUUAUACAGUGGAAGAUUUUUAUUCUGAAUACGCUACCUCAUGGACUGUGCCUGUUAGAAAAAGGAAGCCCGUUCUGGGGAACAAAUGUAAUGGUAGGUUUGCUGGAUGUAGAUUUUUAACCUUACAGUCAUUGUUCAAUAGUUAUGGUUACAACAUGGAAUGCAUUGCAUGCUUUCACUGUGAAAACUAUUUUCUUUUUCAUUUGCU